AUGGGAGACAGAGAAGCUCAUGCUCUGAGACCCUCAGACGUUGCCGUCAUGUCUGCCAUCGGGCUGACCAGUUCACACAGGAAUGAGGUGUCAGGGGUGCUGCAUAGAUUAUCAGAGCUGCUGUCUGUGUUCAACCCUGCUCUUAGCACCCUCUGGCCUGACCAGAUAAGCUCACCGUCUUCGCAGCACAGAAGCUGGUCAGAGGAGGCUGAGGAUUUGGUUCACAGGUUACAGGCCAAUGGCUUUAAUAAAGACUGGAAACUGUUGCUGCUGCUUGUCCCUGUGGAUGAGAUCUGCCCCUGUCCUGAGCAGGCCAGAAUAGCAGUGGAAAAUACUGUAGAUCAAGUUAAGGAGGUGCUGCAGACACUGCACAGAAAGGAAGCAAGGGUGCCCACUACUGGCCAGAGCAGUGAAAGUGACCAGGUGGUGCUUGAGCUGUGGGAAAAUCUGCUGCAGCCAAUGAAAGGACAGCCUGGCAUGGAGGGCAAUGACAUAUUCAGUACUCUCUGUCCCAGUGAGGACCGGCCCUUUCUACGGACGCACAGAAACUCCCCCUUGGAGCCACAGAUGGAGGUCGUGCCCCCAAUAGACAGCAAAGCGGCCUCUCCCCUCUUCGACACGAUCAUGGGCAGUGAGCUCCUUUGUGAAGAUCGCAACCCCUCCAACUCCCCUCCCACUACAGUGCAUGCUCUCCGGCCUGCAGAUAUCAAAGUGGUGGCAGCAUUGGGGGAUUCUCUGACGGCAGCCAAUGGAGUUGGUGCUGCCCCCAAUAAUUUGCUGGAUGUUAUUCGGGAGUACAGAGGGCUAUCGUGGAGUAUUGGAGGAGAUAAGAACCUGACCAGUGUUACCACCCUUCCCAACAUUUUGCGGGAGUUUAACCCCUCACUGACUGGCUUCUCUGUGGGAAUUUCAAAUGAGAACUCCCCUAAAGCUUUCCUCAACCAAGCAGUUCCUGGGUCCAACAGCGAUGACAUGCCUGCCCAAGUGCGUGUCCUUGUGGAGAAGAUGAAGACUGACUCGCGAAUUGAUUUCCAGAAUGACUGGAAGGUGAUAACCAUGUUCAUUGGAGGCAAUGACCUGUGUGACCACUGCAUGGACACUGUUUAUUUCUCACCAGAAAAUGUUGUAUCCCGCAUUCGUGAAGCUCUGGAUAUCCUCCAUAAAGAGGUGCCCCGUGCCCUGGUGAACCUUGUGGAGCUGCUUCACAUUGUCCCCCUCCGAAGGUUGCACCAAGAAAAAAGCCUGAAGUGUCCCACGUGGCUGGUCAAAAUUGUUUGCCGCUGUGUGGUGCAGCCAGAGGAGGGAUCAGUAGAACUACAGAAGCUGGUUGACCUCAACAGAGCUUAUCAGCGUGGAAUGCGUGAGCUUGUGGAUUGCGGGCGAUAUGACACACACUCCAACUUCACUGUUGUGCUACAGCCUUUCUUCAGAGAUGUGGUGCUCCCCGUGCUGGAGGAUGGUCGCCCUGAUCGCUCCUUCUUUUCCCCUGAUUGCUUCCACCUCAGUCAGAAGUCCCACUCCCUGAUGGCGCGUGCUCUGUGGAAUAACAUGUUGGAGCCCCUGGGAAAUAAGACUCACACACAAGACUUCACUGUCGGCAUCUCUCUUAAAUGCCCCUCAAAGUCCUCGUCUUUUCUGCGGACCUAUGUGAACAGCAACUACAGUUACCCGGACCCACCCCCUUCCCCACCACCAAACACGAACUGGGGAAGUGACUUCUCCUGUACAGACCUUGCACCGUCCAGCUCUGUACCCACUUCAGUUCACAGGUUACGACCAGCAGACAUCAAAGUCGUGGCAUCGCUGGGAGACUCCAUAACUACGGGAUUUGGAGCAAAAUCAAAGAACCUGCAGCAGCUGAAAACUGAGUAUAGAGGAGUAUCAUGGAGCAUUGGGGGCGAUAAGACUCUGAAGGAAGUUACUACACUGCCUAAUGUCCUAAGGAAGUUCAAUCCUUCACUCCACGGCUUCUCCAAGAAUGUGGGGACAGAGCAGAGUGGCUUCAACAUGGCAGUGUCUGGAGCCAGGGCCUUCGAUAUCCCAGACCAGGCAAGGAGACUGAUUCAAGCAAUGAAAGACAGCAAGGAUGUGGAUUUUGAAAAUGACUGGAAGCUGGUGACUCUGUUUAUUGGGGGCAAUGACCUCUGUCUGUACUGUAUGGAUAGGGCCACGUUUUCACCUCAGAACUACAGUUACCACCUGAGGGAAAGCCUAGACCUGCUGUACAAGGAGGUGCCUCGGGUGAUGAUCAAUAUAGUGGAGAUCCUGCAGAUAGAAGGGCUGAGGAGGAUCAAGAAAGAUACACUGGGCUGUUCCCUACUGCAGAAGAAUGUGUGUCCAUGCUUCCUCAUUCCUGGAGAGGACUCACUGGAGCUAAGCGAGAUAAAUAGGAUCAAUCGGGAGUACCAGGAGGAAACAGAGCGCCUUGUUACUGGGGGGCGCUAUGACGGGCGUGAGGACUUCACUGUUGUCAUCCAGCCCUUCUUCCGAAACACAAUCGUCCCCCUGACUUUGGAUGGAAAGCCUGACCUGAACAUGUUCUCUGUGGACUGUUUCCACUUCAGUGAGAGGGGUCACUCAGAAAUGGCCAUUUCACUCUGGAAUAACAUGCUGGAGCCCAUAGGAAGAAAGCAGUCUUACAACAACUUCACACAUGACCGCCAUAAGAUCCGUUGUCCUACAGAGGAUCAACCCUUCAUUUUCACCAGGAUCAACAGCAGGGUCCCCAGCACAGCAGUGCCCCCCGUACCACAUUGCUCUGACUCCGUGCCUGUGUGGGCAGCUGUAGUGUUUGGGGUCGCAGGCUUGCUGAUUGGCUGGGGUAUCACUUGGCUGCUCCUUUCCUGCAGAGAACGAAGGAAAAAGAAGAAGAUGGCAAGUGUAAUUGAGAUGAAAGGGAAUGGAUUUUAAUGCACACAAACACCAAUGCUACAUAAAUGCACGGAUGCACAAUCACAUGGUAAUAAGCGAACACACACACACACAGACUCACUGAAAAUUGCAUGCACCAGAUUCCUGCU